AUGGCGGGUUUUGAGUGGAAAAGUGAUUUAACUGCUUUUGUUUCUGUUGCAAACAGUGACAAAGAGAAUGACCUUGAAGUGUCUUAUGGUGUUCGCUACAGAACUGCUGAAACUGCAAAAUCUGAUUCAGUAGCUGAAGAUUUGGAGCAACCAUGUAUAAAUGAUUUAGUACAGUGCAUGCUUGAAGGAUCUUUCACAAAAAAAGUCAAUAUGGCACCGCUGUCCAACUAUACUAUUAACUGUCAGAUUAAAGACAUCUCAAAUUAUGUAGGAAAUAAACAUUUUGGGAAGAAGGAGUCUAUAGAAGAGGAGCUGCUAUUCUCCAGACCCUUGAAGGAGACAACUAUGAGAGAAGAGAUAUUUAAGUUGACUGACGAAUACCUUCGGGAAAAUUCAAUAGACUGGACUCGCUGUGUAGGCAUUUGUUCAGAUAGUGUGAAAUCUAUGACAGGAUGUCAUGCUGAGUUUGUUGCCAAAGAGAAAUCGAUAGCGCCAAGCGGUUCUUUGACACAUUGUUGCCUUCACAGACAGCCUCUUGUUUAUAAACACAUGCCCAAUGUAUUGAAAUCUGUGGCGGACGAUGCACUGAAAAUAAUUAAUUAUAUUUAG